UCUGGUCCAAAGGACCUCAAGAGAAGCCCAGGAGCGCGGCCAAUGGGAUGGCAGGGCUCGCUCGCGGCCUCCAGCGGAGCCAAUGGCCGUCGUUUGCCGGCUCCGUGGCGGCCCCCACCUCGGGCGACGGCGGGGCCUGCGUGCGGGCCUGAGGAGAGAUUCGGCGGCUGAGGGCAAGAUGGCGGCGGCCCUGGUGCUGGCCGCCGGGCUGCGCGUGGCGCGCGGGGCUGUAGCGCUGGUGGGGCCGCGGGGGGCGCAGGUCCGAGGAGCUGCAGGUGUGACCGAUGGAAAUGAAGUGUCCAAGGCCCAGCAGGCAGCUCCUCAGGGAGCAGCCCCAACUAUCUUCUCCCGGAUCCUGGAUCGAAGCCUCCCAGCUGACAUUUUGUAUGAGGACCAGCAGUGUCUCGUAUUCCGUGAUGUGGCCCCUCAGGCUCCUGUGCACUUCCUGGUCAUUCCUAAGAAGCCCAUUCCUCGGAUUAGCCAGGCUGAAGAAGAAGACCAGCAGCCACCCAUCUCCCUCCCUUUCCCUCUAGCUUCUAGGACACCUUCUCCUUGUGGCUAAGAAGACAGCAAAGGCUGAGGGGCUGGGAGAUGGAUACCGACUUGACCCCCUAACCCCAAGCUCCAUUUCAGUGAUCAAUGAUGGGAAGCUGGGCUCACAGUCCGUGUAUCAUCUGCACAUUCAUGUACUUGGGGGCCGACAGCUCCAGUGGCCUCCAGGUUGAACCUUCCAACUGACCAAGAACCCAAGACCUGGAUUCUUGGAGGAUGGGGGAAAAGGGACCCUAUGAUGCUAAUAAACUUGUUCUCCCUCAA